GCCGAGGCAGUCCGGUCCGGUGCUGCUGUCCGCGGGUUCUUGCGUUGGAGACCGCGGGCACCACUGCAGCGGCAGCCGGGUAUUCGCGGUAGCAGCGGCAGCAGCAGCAGCCAUGGGCGAGACAGAGAAGCUUUAUUACGUUUAUAGCUGCGACCUGGACAUUAACGUGCAGCUGAAGAUUGGCAGUCUGGAAGGGAAAAGAGAACAGAAGAGUUACAAAGCACUUUUGGAAGAUCCCAUGCUGAAAUUCUCAGGACUGUAUCAAGAAACUUGCUCUGACUUGUAUGUAACUUGUCAGGUGUUUGCAGAAGGGAAGCCUCUCGCUCUUCCAGUUAGAACUUCCUACAAGGCUUUUAGCACUAGGUGGAACUGGAAUGAAUGGCUGAAACUGCCUGUGAAGUACCCAGACUUACCUCGCAAUGCGCAGGUGGCCCUGACCAUCUGGGACGUGUAUGGACCUGGUAAAGCAGUUCCUGUGGGAGGAACAACGGUCUCGCUCUUUGGGAAAUAUGGUAUGUUUCGUCAAGGAAUGCAUGAUUUGAAAGUCUGGCCCAACGUAGAAGCUGAUGGCUCAGAGCCCACCAAAACUCCUGGGAGAACCAGCAGCACAGUCUCUGAGGAUCAGAUGAGCCGCUUGGCAAAGCUCACUAAGUCUCAUCGGCAAGGUCACAUGGUAAAAGUGGACUGGCUGGACAGAUUGACCUUUAGAGAAAUAGAAAUGAUCAAUGAGAGGGAAAAACGAAGUUCGAAUUUUAUGUACCUGAUGAUUGAGUUCCGUUGCGUCAAGUGUGACGAUAAAGAAUAUGGAAUAGUUUACUACGAAAAGGAUGAUGAAUCAUCUCCAAUUCUAACAAGUUCUGAAAUUGUUAAGAUUCCAGAUCCACAAAUGUCUAUGGAGAACUUAGUAGAAAGCAAGCAUCACAAACUUGCUCGAAGUUUAAGAAGUGGACCUUCUGAUCAUGAUCUGAAGCCUAAUGCAGCUACACGAGAUCAGCUUAAUAUCAUAGUGAGCUAUCCCCCGACAAAGCAGCUGACGUACGAGGAACAGGAUCUAGUUUGGAAAUUCAGAUAUUACCUUACUAAUCAGGAGAAGGCCUUGACAAAAUUCUUAAAAUGUGUCAACUGGGACCUACCACAAGAGGCAAAGCAAGCACUGGAGCUACUAGGGAAGUGGAAGCCCAUGGAUGUGGAAGACUCUCUGGAACUUCUGUCAUCUCACUUCACCAACCCAACCGUUCGGCGCUAUGCUGUCGCCAGGCUUCAGCAGGCUGAUGAUGAGGAUUUGCUGAUGUACCUGCUGCAGUUAGUCCAGGCAUUGAAAUAUGAAAACUUUGAUGAUAUAAAGAAUGGCUUGGAACCUAGCAAGAGGGACAGUCAAGGUUCAAUGUCAGAAAGCAUGACAACAUCUGGAACUAAUGGUGCUGAAAUAGACAGUUCCCAGAUCAUGAGUCCUAGUCCACCUGUUUCCUCACCACCUCUUACUUCUAAGACAAAGGACCUUUCAGAUAAUGAAAACCUGGAUCAAGACCUUUGUACAUUCUUGAUUUCACGAGCAUGCAAAAAUUCCACGUUGGCAAACUACCUGUACUGGUAUGUAAUAGUGGAGUGUGAAGACCAAGACACUCAGCAGAGGGACCCAAAGACUCAUGAAAUGUACUUAAAUGUCAUGAGAAGAUUUAGUCAGGCUUUGCUGAAGGGUGAUAAGUCUGUCAGAGUUAUGCGGUCGUUGUUGGCAGCCCAGCAGACGUUUGUAGAUCGACUGGUUCAUGUAAUGAAAGCAGUGCAGCGUGAAAGUGGUAAUCGUAAGAAAAAGAAUGAGAGGCUUCAGGCAUUGUUAGCAGAUAACGAAAAGAUGAAUUUGGCAGAUAUGGAACUUAUUCCACUCCCUCUGGAACCUCAGGUGAAAAUUAAAGGGAUAAUCCCUGAAAAAGCCACACUCUUCAAGAGUGCCUUAAUGCCUGCUCAGUUAUUCUUCAAGACAGAAGAUGGAGGCAAAUAUCCUGUAAUUUUUAAACAUGGUGAUGAUUUACGUCAAGAUCAACUUAUUCUUCAGAUAAUUUCACUCAUGGAUAAGCUUUUAAGAAAGGAGAAUCUGGAUUUGAAGCUGACACCAUAUAAAGUUCUGGCAACUAGUACAAAACAUGGCUUCAUGCAGUUUAUUCAGUCAGUACCAGUUGCAGAAGUUCUUGCUACUGAGGAAAGUAUACAGAACUUCUUUAGAAAACAUGCACCUAGUGAGACUGGACCUCAUGGAAUAAGUGCAGAGGUGAUGGACACAUAUGUUAAGAGCUGUGCUGGUUAUUGUGUAAUUACAUACAUCCUUGGAGUUGGAGAUAGACAUCUGGAUAAUCUUUUGCUAACAAGAACAGGUAAACUAUUUCACAUUGACUUUGGUUAUAUUUUGGGUCGGGACCCUAAGCCUCUGCCUCCCCCAAUGAAGCUGAAUAAGGAGAUGGUGGAAGGUAUGGGAGGCACACAGAGUGAACAGUACCAGGAGUUCCGUAAGCAGUGCUACACAGCCUUUCUUCAUCUCCGCAGGUAUUCCAACCUGAUCUUGAACUUAUUUUCCCUCAUGGUGGAUGCCAACAUUCCAGAUAUUGCUCUUGAACCUGACAAGACUGUAAAAAAGGUACAGGACAAGUUUCGUUUGGACUUGUCUGAUGAAGAAGCUGUCCACUAUAUGCAGAGUCUAAUUGAUGAAAGUGUCCAUGCCCUCUUUGCUGCUGUGGUGGAACAAAUACACAAGUUUGCACAGUAUUGGAGAAAAUAACCCUUUUUCCUGCCUGUGAUGGAAAGAAGUGAAUGCUCAAGAAAGAGACUUUUUCAAGCUCUUGUGGACUUCAUCAAGGAGUUCUGGAAGGCAAAAGUUGCAGGUUUGAUAGCAUGGGGAAUUGAGAGCUCAGGAGGUAGAGAGGCCUUUUGAGUCUCUGUUCAAUGAAGGUUUAAAAACAAACAUUUUUUAAAGGAAAUGAGCCUCAUCUUUGGGGCUCCAGAUGCUGUGGCAUUUCUUUCCACUAAAAACAUAGGAGCCUCAAAGGCCAAAGUAAGCAACUUCCUCUCAAGCCAAAGAUAACUGGAAGAGGCUAGAUUCAAUGGUAAAUUCUUCUACCUGUUAAUAUAUUUUCAUAUUUAAUAAUAGAAAUUAUUGCUGUACUGAACACAAGUACAUACAGUUACAGCAAUGAGGCCACAUUUCCUCAGUGCAGAAAAGCCACAAAACUAUGGCAAUCUCCUCUCUUCUGUUCCCAACAGUAUGUUAUAAGUAUAAUUCAUAUGAUCCUUCAUUUCCAACCUUGAGAAACGUUAUCGUUUGGAAAGGACAACCAUUUCUUCCUUACUUACAAAAAUGUUUUAAAGUGCUGAUAAGUUAGCCAGCUGUAGGCAACCAAUUAAAUUGUCACUAACAGGCUCAGCAACUGGAAUGCACAGUGAGCAGUUCAGUAUUUCAUGUUUUAACUCUGAAUGUUUUCUGUACAGUGAUUAUAUAUUCUUGAGUCUAAUAAACUCUUUGUUGUUGCA